GCAAAGGACCAAAACUACCCAAAGACUCGACCGAGACAAGAGACUGCAUGGCGAGAUAGCCAUAGACACGAAGCUCAGCUGCUUAUACUACUUUUUGACCGAAGCUCCUUCAUCUCCUUAUGCUCAGGCUACUAUCCAUGGCAACGCUCGCGAGAAGCGCCGUCAAAGCCAUCACGACACCGGCAACGCAGCGUGCGCCACCUCUAUACAAGGGCCAUGUCGCCCUCUCGCUGCCUGAACGUCUCUUGCUCGCCACAGGCAGUGCUAUCCAAUCUUUGAGAGAUCCCAGGAGAGGCGACUUGGUGGCUGUAUUGUCAGAGACGAGCGCCCAACCUUUCUUCCUCGAGAGGCUGCGAGAUCGCAUGCUCAGGCAUCCCACAGGACGUCUUAUCCUGCGUGACAAGCCGCGCAUCACAAGCAAAACGCUGAGUCUGGAGUAUCUACGCAGCCUGUCGCCAAAUACAGUAGGCUACACGUAUGCCGCAUGGCUCGAUCGCGAAGGCGUCACACCGGAUACGCGAGAAGAAACACGGUAUAUCGAUGAUGUCGAGUGUGCCUAUGUCAUGCAGCGGUAUCGAGAAGCACACGAUUUCUAUCAUGCCAUCACGGGACUCCCUGUGAUUGUUGAGGGCGAGAUUGCUCUGAAAUGGUUUGAAUGGACGAAUAUGGGCUUACCUGUUGCUGGUCUGUCUGCCAGCUUUGGACCCUUGAAAUUGAGUCGCAAGCAGCGUGCACGGUUGCGGCAAGUAUGGAUACCCUGGGCGUUGUCUGAAGGUGCAAAGUCAGAGUGCCUAUUGAAUGUCUACUGGGAGAAGGAGCUCGAGACGGACUGCGAUGCGUUGAGACAAAGACUUGGAUUCACAAAACCGCCUGAUCUGCGCAAUAAGAAGGCCUGGUGGUCACCAACGCAUGGCGUCAUGGACAUCAAGGACACUGUUCGUUGACAUCUCGAUGCACUAGGACGCCUGUCU